AGGACAUAUAAAUUCAAUUUCGCGGGCUCGUCAUCUGAGAAUACGCAUUUGAGUUUUCGCGCUCUAUUCGGGACAAAAUGGAGGAAGUGGAUGAAACGGAAGCGGUGCCUCAGAUAUACAUGGCUUGUGUCAAACAUGGACAGAAGUGAGGAUCUCUCUUACCAUGCUACACAUUUCUUCUUGGGUUCCUACCGUUUGCUUGGACAUUUAGUGGGAGUUUCAUACUAUGAUUCUAGCAUCCGCCAGCUUCAUGUGCUGGAAGUUUGGGAAGAUGGCAGCAUGGAAUAUCCUCUCAUUGAUUUAGUGAAAUAUCAAGCGAAGCCCCUAAUGAUCUAUACUAGCACUAAAAGUGAGGAGUCUUUCUUGGCUGCUUUGCAACGGAGUGAUGGGAUGUCUGAUGCUCCUACAGUGAAGCUUGUGAAGAGUUCAAUUUUCAGCUAUGAACAGGCCUGGCACAGACUGGUAUACCUACGAGUAACAGGAAUGGAUGAUGGAUUAAACAUCAAGGAGAGGAUUUGUUAUUUGAGUUCUAUGAUGGACGUGGAAAGUGACAUUCAAGUUCGUGCUAGUGGGGGUCUUCUUGCCAUACUGGAAAAUGAAAGAAUCGUGGACACGCUUGAACAAAAGGAACUUGGAACUUCAUCAAUAACAAUUGAUUCUGUCAUAGAAAUUUCGCUAAACAACUUUCUAAAACUCGAUGCAACAGCUUUGGAAGCAUUGCAAAUAUUUCAAACUGAUAAACAUCCCAGCCAUAUGGGCAUUGGAAGAGCGAAAGAAGGGUUCUCCGUAUUUGGCAUGAUGAAUAAGUGUGUGACGCCUAUGGGUAGACGUCUCUUGAGAAACUGGUUCCUGAGGCCAUUACUGGAUCUUGAAAAUUUGAAUAAGCGACUUAAUGCUAUAUCAUUCUUUAUUUCUUCGGAUGAAUUGGUGCAUUCGUUGCGGGAAACUCUAAAGAUUGUCAAGGACAUUCCCCAUAUACUCAAGAAAUUCAAUUCCCCAAGCUCAACGUAUUCUUCUGGUGAUUGGACUGCAUUCUUGAAGAGUAUUUGCUCUCUUUUGCACGUGAAUAAGAUAUUUGAAGUUGGCAUGUCAGAGAAUCUUAAAGAAAACAUGAAGUACUUUAAUUUGGACAUUGUCGAGAAGGCCAAUACAUGCAUUACAACAGAGUUGGCUUAUGUUUAUGAACUGGUUAUCGGCGUCUUGGAUGUUAGUCGAAGCAAAGAGAAGUCAUAUGAGACAAUUGUGAAGGAGGGUUUUUGUGAAGAGUUGGAUGAGCUGAGGGAAGUCUACGAGGAACUGCCUGAAUUUUUGGAGGAGGUUUCUUCGAUGGAACUUGCUCAAUUCCCUCACUUGUGUAAAGACACGAUUGCCCCCUGUAUAGUCUACAUACAUCAAAUAGCAAUGGCAGCCAGGAUUUUUAUCUCUCUCCCCCUGCCCAACCCCUUCUCCCCUCCAGGGUAUUUAUUAUGCAUAUUUGAAGAGAAACUUGACGAAAGCACAUUAGAGAUCCUACGAGACUUUGAAUUUGCUUUCUCUGAUGUGGAUGGAGAUAUAAAAAGAUUCUUUUACCAUAGUCCAAAAACACGAGAAUUGGAUAAUCUGCUUGGAGACAUUUAUCACAAAAUUUUAGAUAUGGAGAGGGCAAUUAUUAGAGACUUGGUGUCGCAUAUACUCGUUUUCUCUCUGCAUCUGCUUAAGGCCGUAGAUUUUGCGGCUGAACUUGAUUGCUUUUUAUCUCUAGCACUGAUUGCUCGUCAGAACAACUAUGUAAGGCCAGAUUUAACUGCAGAUAGCAUGCUUGAUAUUAAGAAUGGAAGGCAUGUUUUGCAGGAAAUGGCAGUAGAUACAUUUAUUCCAAAUGACACGAAGAUUUUUUGUGAUGGAAGAGUUAAUAUCAUUACUGGCCCAAAUUAUUCUGGUAAAAGUAUCUAUGUAAAACAGGUUGCUCUUAUCGUAUUCUUGUCUCAUAUAGGAAGCUUCGUUCCAGCAGAUGCUGCGACUGUAGGUUUGACUGAUAGAAUAUUUUGUGCUAUGGGGAGCAAGCAUAUGACUGCAGAACAAUCAACUUUUAUGAUUGACUUACUUCAAGUGGGGAUGAUGCUGAGGCAGGCAACAUGUCGAUCUUUGUGCCUGAUAGAUGAAUUUGGUAAAGGUACCCUUACGGAAGAUGGCAUUGGUCUUCUUGGUGGAACGAUCACCCACUUUGCAAGUUCUAAUGACUCUCCAAAGGUGCUGGUGUGCACUCAUCUAACCGAGCUAAUUAAUGAGAGUUUACUGACAAUGAGCGAAAGAAUCAAGUUCUACAACAUGAGUGUGAUACGACCUGACAAUGAUUGCACUGAAAAUGAAGAUAUUGUAUUUCUUUACCGUUUGGUCCCAGGACACGCACUUCCCAGCUAUGGUCUGCACUGUGCAUUGCUUGCUGGCGUUCCUGAUGAGGUUAUUAAGAGAGCAGCAGUUGUUUUGGAUGCUAUGGAUAAUCAUAAGCACGUUGAGCGGCUACACAAUGAGAACUUAUCCACUCAAGAUAAGCUAUACCAGGAUGCGGUCGAUAAGUUGCUAAGACUUGAUGUUAACAAGUGUGAUCUUGGCCGUUUCUUUCAGGACAUAUUUCUUUCUUAAUCGAACAUCUCAAGGAACGUUCAUGGAAAAUUUAAACCGAUAUUUGUAAUCUGUAAGCAUUUGUUUUAACGUUGGUUUAUUCACAUCAUGAAAAAUGGUCGAAUGUUAUGGUCGAAUGUUAUGUUCAUGUUUAAGUGAUUUAGUUAUAUACAGAAUUUAUUAAAUCAAAACUGAAACAUACAGAGAAGUUUGUUUUAACUAAGGUAAGCAACGGAUGGACCAAAUUUAUAAUUUAACUCUGAACCGUUCCUAUGUUAGUCCUUUUGAGGGAAACUUUCCGAUAUGGUUGGCAGACGAUUCUGUUCCCUUAGUGGAGGUAAGACAGAGAAGGGGCAUUUAUUUGGCUUGAGAUCAUACAUCUUUAUCAUUCAGAUAGGGGGAGAAAAAGUUCCAUACAUAAAGUUUUAAUGGAUAAACUAAACAGACUUUAAAGACUAUAAUAGCUUAAGACGGCAAAAGUUAUAACAUGACGUUUGGAAUCUAUUGAUAAUUAUCCAAU